UGAGGGGGAUUAGCUUUUAAUUUCUGGUUUUGGGGAGCUGCACUGAGACAGAUGUAGAUUUGGGGGGCUUGAUAUAUAUAUAUAUUUUUUUAGGCGCUCCAGAGCAACCUGGGCUGUGUGAAAUGACUAGGUGAUUUCAGCCCAUUUGGGGGGGUUGGAUUUAUUGUAGUAGAUUUUGAAGGAGGGUUGCACUUGAUUUAUAUUUUGCAUUCCCUCCCCCCCACACACUAGGUGGAUUUCUUAGAUUUGGAGGGCUGGAUUGGUUCUGGUGGCUUACAGUUUUGGUGGGACAGUUGCAUUUUGCAUUUUGGGGGUGUUGCUCUCGCAAGGCUGAGAGUGGGUUGCUGUGGGUGGACUCUGAAUUUUUUUCCCCCAGUGUGGGUAAAUUUUUCUCCAGCGUCGCUGAUGCCAGAACAAGGCCCCAGAAUGAACGGUUUCUCUCUGGGCGAGCUGUGCUGGCUGUUCUGCUGCCCACCUUGCCCUAGCCGCAUUGCUGCCAAGUUGGCUUUCUUGCCCCCGGAGCCCACGUAUACAGUGCUGCAGCCUGAGCAGCAGCAGCAGGAGGCUGGGGCUGCAGCAGCAGGGUCUGGGACCCCAACAGGAACGGGCAGCUGCAGUCUGCACUUGAGUGAGCGGGCGGACUGGCAGUAUUCACAGCGGGAGUUGGAUGCCGUAGAGGUUUUCUUUUCUCGCACAUCUCGGGAUAACAGGCUGGGGUGCAUGUUUGUGCGCUGUGCCCCUGCCAGCCGGUAUACGCUGCUCUUCUCGCAUGGCAAUGCUGUGGAUCUGGGCCAGAUGUGCAGCUUCUACAUUGGCCUUGGCUCUCGCAUCAACUGCAACGUCUUCUCCUACGACUACUCUGGCUACGGGGUGAGCUCAGGCAAACCCUCUGAGAAAAACCUGUAUGCAGACAUAGACGCAGCCUGGCAGGCCCUCAGGACAAGGUAUGGUGUGAGUCCUGAGAACAUAAUUCUGUAUGGUCAGAGUAUUGGAACGGUCCCGACAGUGGACCUGGCAUCUCGGUAUGAGUGUGCAGCUGUAAUCCUUCAUUCUCCUUUGAUGUCUGGAUUACGGGUAGCUUUUCCUGACACCAGGAAAACAUAUUGCUUUGAUGCUUUCCCAAGCAUUGACAAGAUAUCUAAAGUAACCUCUCCUGUGUUGGUAAUUCAUGGUACUGAAGAUGAGGUAAUAGAUUUCUCCCAUGGCCUGGCAAUGUAUGAGCGAUGUCCACGCGCAGUGGAGCCCCUCUGGGUGGAAGGGGCUGGGCAUAAUGACAUAGAGCUUUAUGCACAAUAUCUAGAAAGACUAAAACAGUUCAUAUCUCAUGAACUCCCCAACUCCUGAAGAAGCCUACUUGAUUUUACCUCAGUUACUGUGAAUGGAAGAAAUUACCUGUUUUUGCACAUGCUUUAACUGGAUAGCUGUAAUAGCUUUAUACUAUGAAGAAAUACCUGUCUUCAGGGUGUUCUAAUCAACAUCUGAUGAAACUUGUCUUUUAUAUCUGGAAAUUAUUCUACUAAUGCACACAAUAUGGUCAACUACUGUAACUCCAAUGAUUUUUAGUUUCAUUACCCAGGAGGACAUGGGGAUACUAGCUGAAUAUGGGGACACUUUUUAUCUAGUGCUGUAUUAAUAUUCUAAAGUCAGUUUUCUCUAUCUUCUCCUAGGACAGAAUUAUAAAUGAUCAGACUUUUUUUCAAUGUUCUCAGUAUAUGGAACACAACUGUUAUGAACUACAGCUUGUUCUUAACAAUCGAUUCAUGGGUUCGAUCUAAGGGAGUACUUUCUUUGUAAAUUUCUAGCUGUGGUAUUGUAACUGGCAACUUAUUGUGAUGAGGUCUUUCCUCUUAGUGAUCUUUAUUUAACUUACUGAUCUUCCCAAGUAAAUUAUUUAAGAUGUCCUACUCUUUCCUG